UUGAAUUGAAUUGAAUUGAAUUGAAUUGAAUAACUGUCACAUGGUAUUAAACAGAAGCUGUCAACUGAGCUCUUGAGUGGGAAUUCAUAAUGAAGCAGUUUAAUUUGUAGAAUUAAGAUGCUCUUCAUGUUUUUGGCCACCAGAUGCCACCAAAGAGGACUGUUGAAAACCGUUUAAUAAUUAACCCCUUUUCAAUACAAGCUUCAAUGCUUCAGAAAGCUUCAUUUGCCCAUCACUACUUAAAAUGUGAUAUUGUAUAAUAGCCUAAUGGAACAGAAGUGCUGUAGUUUGAACUUGCCCCCAACCACAUCGCAAAGAUGCUUGAUUACAUUACAUUACUGAAACCAGUCAUCAGAAGAUGGGUACACUGAGGUCAUAAGGGAAUCGUUAGCAGCUACACUCAGGUAUUCUUUGGUGUUUGAAAGCUGCACAACCGAUGCUAAAGGUCCUAAAGUGUGCCAAAGUUCCCAUAUACCAUUAUACUACUAGCACCAGUCUGAAUCGUUUAUACAAGCAGGAUGGAUCUAUGCAGUGAUUUUCUCCUUUUCCCUAUACCACAUAUUUUCCCUAUACCACAGUAGGGUUUUGUUACAAUCCCAGUAGAUCAGCAGUUUCCGAAAUAGUUAGACCAUCCUGUCCGGCACCAACAACCAUGUUCAAAGUCAUUUAAAUCCCCUUUCUUCCACAUUCUGGUGCUUGGUUUGAACUUUGGGAGGCAUGUCUCUUUCCCUAAAAUGCACUAAGAUGCAGCCAUGUCAAAGGCUGAUUAGAUAUUUGGAUUGACCAGCAGUUGAACUGGUGUAGCUAACAUAGUGAUUGGUAAGUGUAUCUGACUUUAUUUUCUGUGGGGAAACUGCAGUGGCCGCUAUUGGACUUGCCAAAAAUGUUAGAACAAUUCAAGCUGAAGUAGAGUGAGCAUUUGAAAGUUAAAAAUAGUUGCUAACUGUACAGUAUUGCCUUUAAUACAUAAUUUAAGGUCUUCAAAGUAUUUGUCUUAAGGAAGUGCAAGGUCCUUACAACAGUCUAAUAUUAACACAAAUCCAAGCCAAUAACAAGAUAAAAGUACUCCUUGCGCUGCAAUUGCUGUUCUAAUUAUAACUCUGGUAUAUACACGCAUUUCUACUUAUUAGACUAUUAUCUUGUUUGUGACAUGACCAGCCUGUUUAUCAGACUGCACACAAUGUCUUCUUUUUCAGGUAGCUUUGUGAUGUAAUUUCCUAUCAGAGAACCUCAGAUCCUGUAAUAAUUUACCCAAAUGUCAAUAUGUGUUUAACCUGCUGUCCUUUCAAACUCCAGUAUUCUCUAACACUAGUUUCAAAUUCGGCCAUUGACAAAGUUUGGAAAUAGAAGAUUGCCAAGACUCAGUUCAAUUCAUUGGGCCAGUUAGUACUUUCACGUUAUUCACAGACUCUGGUUGUGCUGGCUACAACCCUUUUUUUCUUCUUCAAACAGUCCCUAUAAGGACAUUUUCACUGCAUGCAAGCUUUUAACAGAUGAACCAAGUACUUCCCUCUGAGGACUGUUUUAUGUGUUACCAAGUCUGAGGCAAUAAGACUUUGUAACAAAUAAUAUAAAACUGAAUAGACAAACAAAUGUAUCUAUUUUUUUCUAUCACUUUAUUCCCACACAUCCGACUGAAGAUGCUAAACUCUGGUUUUGAAGUAUAAAGAAAUGAAUGGAGAGUGUUAUAGAAAUACACACAUGAAUUUUAAAGUAAUAAACCUACUAUGUGACUUCAUUUUAUGCAAUAUGUGAAAACAUAAGCAUAGACUUUAGCCACAAGUCUAAGCACAACCACAAACCAAACAAAGCUGAAAUAUUUGGCCAGUCAUCCACCCAUUUUCUUAGCUAUCACCAGUCUGUUGCAAAACGAAUUAAGAGAGACAGAAAACCAUUCUCACAAACACACCUAUAGUCAAUUUACAAUUAACAGUUAACUUAACAUGCAUGUCUUUGAACUGUGGGACAAGACCAGAGUACCUCUAGAGAGGACACAAAGGAACAUGCAAACUUCAAGAUUCAAACCCAUAAGUUUAUUGCUGUGAGGGGACAAUGAUAACCUUUGCUAACCACAUUGGAUUUUUCUGUCUGACAAAAAUUGAUUCACAGUAUAUCAUAGGAUAUACAAAAAUAAGUCAGUGUGGAAAAGCUCACUGUAGCAUCCACAAGUGCAGGUUAAAGCACUGCCAUGCUAAGAAGAAGUCAUCUAUGAACAGUCUUAUCUUGGUCAAAGCUCAAUUAAAAUAGACUAAGACAAAGUGGAAUAUUGGUCUUUGGUCAAAGGAAUCAAAAUUUUAAAUUAUUUUUGGAAAACAUGGACAACACGUCCUCCAGACUAAAGAACAGAGGGACCAUCCAGCUUGUUAUGAACAUUUAGUUCAAAAGCCCGCAUCCCUGAUGGUACAGGUUGCAUUAGAGCCUAUGGAAUUGGCAGCUUGCAAUGGAAACUCACCAUCCGUGCAGUGAAAAGUAAACACUAGGUUUUAGAGCAACAUAUGCUCCCACCUAGACAAUGUCUUUUUCAGGGUUAGGGUUAGGUAAGGCCUUGCAUAUGCCAGUGAAACACUGCUAAACGGCACGCUGCAACUAUUACAACAGCAUUGCUUCACUGCAGAAGAGUCCACAUGCUGAACUACCUUUCACUACCUGAAAACAUUUGAAACACACCAUGAAAUGAAAACUAUAAAGAUGACUCAUGAUUGUUGAGCAGCUAUAAUCCUAUCAGACAAGAAUGGGACAACUACUCAUCUCCUCUUAUUGCUCAAUAGUUGCUCACGUCUCAAAAAAGCAGAUAGGGCCAUUUUUUUGUAGGAUCCCCUCUUCUUUGAACAAAAGUAUGUAAAUGGCAACACACUGGAAACAAACCAUCAACUUUCUUCUCAAUAUUUGACAUUUUCCUUGUUAAAAUGUUGUUUUCUUUCAGGAAAGCAAAUAUGAAGGAAAAGUAAGGAAUACAUUGAGAAACAUAGGCUGGAAAAAGAGGAAGUUAAGAUAAUGUGACGGAAAUUGCUCUGUGUGACAACAGAUAACAAAAUCAGCCAAAAUCAACUAAAAUGCUGAAUGGACAAAUUAAUUAGGAAAUAGCAAGUAAAGAAUGAACACAGCGUUCUUAGAAAACAACAAAACAUUUUAUCGAAAGGUCAUUUUAAAGCAAUGAUUAGUCAUCAAUUUCUUAUUAAUCUGACUAACUAAAGUAAUAUAUGCUUUUAGUAUUUACAACAAAAGAAGAAAAGAUUUAUAAGACUGACUGAGACUCAGAGUUUCACAACAGGAAGUGCUUUGCAUACCAAAUCCCAGAUGAGAACGCCUUGAAUAAUAAAAUACAGGACAAGAACUGGGUCUGAACAGUUUAGUGAAGGAACAAACUUCAGCAAGUUGAGAUCUGGUAUCUCAAACCAGAGUUAUUCUUCAUUAUACUGAUGAACAAAACCUACAAUAAUCUAUUUUAAAGCAUUUGAUCAACACUGAAGACCAAAUAUGAUCCUCAUUUCGGAUGAAAAACGACAUUUUGUUUUUUACUUGUCUCUUGGCCUCUUGAGUUUUCUACAGUUUACUGAAUGUGAGAAAAUGAGGCUGGUCGGACCUUCGCGUUGCUCUGGUAGAGUGGAGAUCUUCUACCAAGACAGUUGGGGAACUGUCUGUGAUGAUCAGUGGAGCAUGGCCAAUGCUGAGGUGGUGUGUCGAGAGCUAAACUGUGGGGCAGCUAUGGAGGCCAAAAAAGGUGCUUUCUUUGGACAGGGAAAAGAUGAGAUCUGGUUGGAUGAUGUACAGUGUGUUGGCCAUGAGUCUUCCAUCCUUAAGUGUCAACACAGACCUUUUGGGCAAAAUAACUGUGGCCAUAGUGAAGAUGCAGGAGUGGUCUGUUCAGAAAAUGUGCGGUUUACAAAUGGAACCACUCGUUGUAAUGGCAGAGCGGAAGUCUACCAUGAUGGUCAGUGGAAAAAAGUUUGCAGUGACUGGGGCAAAGAAGCAGCUCAGGUGGUGUGCCGAGAGGGCGGCUGCGGUGAUCCUCUCCCUCAGACCGAAACACCCUAUUUUGGAGAAGCACGUGACCUCACCGCAGUCAAAGCCAUCUGCUCUGGAAAUGAGACCUCUGUCUCACAGUGCUCAGUUCUAAAAGUCAAUGAAAGUUGUGAAGAUGCUACUGUUGUCUGUGGAAACAGUCAACCCAUUCGGCUUGUGAAUGGGACUAAUCGCUGCUCUGGUAGAGUGGAAAUCUACUAUAAUUCACAAUGGGGAACAGUCUGUGAUGACAGAUGGGGGAUGCAAGAAGCAACUGUGGCAUGUCGAGAGAUGAACUGUGGCAAUGCUCUCUCAGUCAAGUACAAGGCUUACUUCGGGAGAGGCCAGGAUCAGGUUUGGUUGGAUGAUAUUGAGUGCACUGGUCAUGAGAAGUCCCUUGCUCAAUGUCCUCACAGAGGUUUUGGUGAACAUGACUGUGACCACAAUGAAGAUGCUGGUCUCGUGUGCUCAGAAACAGUCAGAUUGAUAAAUGGGACUGAUGGCUGUUCUGGCAGACUGGAAGUUUUCCAUGACGGCCGAUGGGGGAAACUUUGUAAUAAUAACUGGAGCCCUAAAGAAGCUACAGUUGUGUGUAAGGAGCUCAACUGUGGAGUGCCAAUAAAAUCCCAAAACAACUUCUUUUUUGGUGACAGCUCACUGCGAGGGUUCACAAGUACAUGCACUGGUAAUGUGAGCACUAUCAGCCAAUGUCAACUGCAAGAACACAUGGGAUCAUGUGCAGGUGUUUCUCUCGCAUGUGCAGGUCAACCACCACUAAGGCUUGUGAACGGCACUGACCGAUGCUCUGGCCGAGUGGAGAUUCUGCAUGACGGCCAGUGGGGAACAGUGUGUGAUGAUGAAUGGGACUUCAGAGAUGCUGAGGUGGUGUGCAGAGCCAUGGACUGUGGAACACCUCAGACUGCCAAAUCCAGUGCCUUCUUUGGUGAAGGCCAAGGAUUGAUCUGGCUUGAUGAUGUCAACUGUCUAGGUAACGAGACGUCACUUGUGCACUGCAGACGUUCCUCCUUUGGAGAAAAUAACUGCGGUCAUGGUGAAGAUGCAGGAGUGAUUUGUUCAGCUACCAUUCGACUAAUCAAUGGGACUGACAUGUGCUCAGGAAGGGUGGAGGUCCACCAUGGUGAACACUGGUCACCAGCACUUAAUGUCAACUGGGGGAGGAAUGAAGCUACAGUGGUGUGCAGAGAGAUGAAUUGUGGAGAUCCUGUCAAGAUGUCAGGGUCAUUUGGUCAAGGUGAAGAUCUGAGAGGGUACGAGAUCCAUUGUAGUGGUAGAGAGACCUCUCUCACACAGUGCUCAUUUAGAGACUAUAGCAGAUCUGCCACGAACCGUGUUGAAGAAGCCUCUGUGGUAUGCUCAGGUAACGUGAGAUUAAAUGGUGGAUCCACUCGUUGCGAUGGAAGAGUAGAAUAUUUUGAUCAAAACCAGUGGGGGACUGUGUGUGCUGAAUCCUGGGACAUGAAUGAUGCAACAGUGGUGUGCAAACAGUUGGAUUGUGGGAGGCCCCAUAAGCUUCUUCAGCUUGGCCCUGGUACAGGACAGACCUGGAAUGAUCAAAUUGAAUGCAAUGGAAGAGAGUCUACAUUGACUCAGUGUCCACAAAGACCAUAUCCAGACAGGACUUGCAACAACACUGUAUUGGCUGGUGUUUUCUGCACAGGAAGCUUGGCUAUCCGGGUGGCUAACAGUAACGAUGAGUGCUCUGGAAGAGUGGAGGUACGUCAUGGCGAGCAGUGGCACACAGUGUGUGACACGGACUGGACUCUAAGUAAAGCUCAAGCAGUUUGCGAGACGCUGGAGUGUGGACGUGCCAUGAAUGCUCCUGGUGCUGCUUUUCACGGCCCAGGCAGUGGACCAGUGGUGGAGGCUAGCUCUUCAUGCUUUGAUAAUGUGACAUCUCUUCAGCAAUGCUCAGUCAAAGGUUUUACAAGAGCAACCUGCGGGCAUGAACAUGAUGCUGGUGUUCUCUGUGCAGCACAAGUCCGGUUGGUGGGUGGCUCAGGUGAAUGCUCCGGCAGAGUGGAGGUCUUCUAUAAAGGACAGUGGGGAACUGUGUGUGAUGACGAUUGGGAAAUGAGCGAUGCCGAUGUAGUAUGCAGACAGCUUGGUUGCGGUCAUGCCGUUUCAGCACCUGCAAGUGCCCAUUUUGGUAGAGGCAGUGGCCCUAUAUGGCUGGAUAACGUGGAAUGCUCAGGCCAAGAGUCUGCACUUUCACACUGUUCACAUCCUGGUUUUGGACAAAAUAACUGUGGGCAUGGUGAAGAUGCCAGUGUUAUCUGCUUAGGUGCUCUGCAGAAGCCUGAAAUCACGAUCAACCCUGGGGUAGAGGUAAACUGGGGUGACAAAGUUGAAAUUACCUGCACGCUACUAACAGAACACAUGGGCGGUACAUUUCUCCUGAAAAAAACCCAAGGGUCAUUUCAAAUGGAGAAAUUCUCAGAUCAAGCUUCUGCAACCUUUGUCUUCCCUAAAGUGGACUUUAGUCAGAAGGGUUCAUACUACUGUGAAUAUCAAAAGAAAAUGGCCAAUCAAAUCAUCUACUAUCCUCAAGGAAUUCCUGCUGACCUCUCUGUUGUAGUUAAACUGGAAAAACCCAGCAUCUCCCUGGUGUCCCCCCAUGCAAUGGUGGUCUACAGUCCCGACAAAGUAUCAGUCACCCGAGGCAGCACCUUCUCCGUCACUUGCUCUAUUCAUUCCAUUUACUCUAGAGGUUUCUUCAGUUUGACAAAUUUAAACACGAACAAUACCGAAACAAUGUCAGCAUUUGGCUACUCAGUCUUAUACCUGGCCACUUUUGAGCUCCCUUCAGUAGAUUUUAAAGACCAAGGAUCGUAUACGUGUCACUACAGCGUUAACAUCUCUGCAAUGUCCUUCUCUUCUGCUCCUUCAAGGAAACUUUAUAUCUCCGUUACCUCACCCUCAUCUUCUUCAGUUGUCGCAGCUGUUGUGGGUGUGCUAGUAGUUUUGCUACUCCUCGUGGUUAUUAUUUUCCUGGUCUGGAGAAAGAAGUGGGGGGUUUCUGAAGUCAUUGUUCAGUUUAGUAACAGAUUUGGAGCAGCAAUAAAACAAGAAAUGGAGGACAAAACCACUGUAGCCCUUGAUGAAAGAGAGAGGAAUAACCAACUGUAUGAGCCAUGCACUCCCAGCCCAGAACAGAGUAAAACUGAUGCAGAUACUGAUAGCAAUGCUGAGAGGGCACCCGAAGACCUGGCUGGAAAAGUGUGUUAUGAGCUUGAACCUCUUGUUGUUUCAUGAUAACAUGUAUGAAAACAUAACCUCAGUAAUGUGGUUUUAGUAAAUAUAAAGAGGAGUAUAACAGUAGGCUAAAAAGCAGAACUUUAGUGAAAUAUUUGCAAAAAGUUUCAUUUCUCUUUUGACAUCUAAACCACAUCCAUAGUGAUGUUGCAAUGACCUACUCUGAACCAUAGUUUUCAACGCAAAAGCAAAGUGACUACCAAACUAUUUCAGAUCAGCAAAAUAAACACUUUCAUUCUGUGUGAAGUUGCUCUUUAGGACUGUUUAAGGAUUGUCGGUUUUUUUAAAUUCUUUUUUCAACAAAUAAUUCAUAAAUCUUCAGACUUUGUUUCAUUAAACCUGAGCUGUUUCCAGUCUUUUAAGAGAACUUUAAAUGAUUUGUUUAAAAUAACAUGUAUGCUUAUCCUGUCAGAGUAUUCCUCUUUCAUGCAAAAGUCUUUUUCACGUGUUUUUAUUUGGUAAUUUUUGUCUUCACUGAGUGAUUCUCACACUUCAAGGUUCAAGGACUUUUACGAAGAUGCCUAUUAUGAAUAUCUUGUUUGACUUUAACACUGACUAUAUUUCAUGAUGAGUUGCUUUUUCUUUCUUAAUCUUUUCUGGUAUAAGAAUAAAUAUGUACUUCAUAUA